AGGCAACUAGUAUAAAUGAGCGAUCCCACAUUUUCAUAAUUCAUAGUCACCGUCAAAAAUCCCCAUUUCACCACUUCCUCCUCACUUUUAUCUCUUUCUGGUGUUGUGCUAUUGUAGAAAUGCAGUCGUUACCUAUCUCACACCGGUUGUUUCCGGCCACCCACCGGAAAGUUCUGCCACUCGCCGUCUUUUCUUGCCGGAGCUCAACUUCUUCACUUUCGCUUCGUGUCCGUACACUACAAUGCCGCUGUCUUCACUCUUCAUCUCUAGUUAUGGAUGAGGACAGGUUCAUUGAAGCUUCUAAAAGCGGAAACUUGAUUCCGCUGCAGAAAACCAUUUUUUCUGAUCAUUUGACUCCGGUGCUGGCUUACCGGUGUUUGGUGAAAGAAGACGAUCGUGAAGCUCCAAGCUUUCUCUUUGAAUCCGUUGAACCUGGGUUUCGGGGUUCUAGUGUUGGGCGCUACAGUGUGGUGGGGGCUCAACCAUCUAUGGAAAUUGUGGCUAAGGAACACAAUGUGACUAUAUUGGACCACCACACUGGAAAAUUGACCCAGAAGACUGUCCAAGAUCCCAUGACGAUUCCGAGGUGUAUUUCUGAGGAAUGGAAGCCCAGGCUUGUUGAUGAACUUCCUGAUACCUUUUGUGGUGGAUGGGUUGGUUAUUUCUCAUAUGACACAGUUCGGUAUGUAGAGAACAGGAAGUUACCAUUCCUAAGGGCUCCAGAGGAUGACCGGAACCUUGCAGAUAUUCAACUAGGACUAUAUGAAGAUGUCGUUGUGUUUGAUCAUGUUGAGAAGAAAGCACAUGUGAUUCACUGGGUGCGGUUGGAUCAGUAUUCAUCUCUUCCUGAGGCAUAUCUUGAUGGGAAGAAACGCUUAGAAAUAUUAGUAUCCAGAGUACAAGGAAUUGAGUCUCCAAGGUUAUCUCCCGGUUCUGUGGAUUUCUGUACUCACACAUUUGGACCUUCAUUAACCAAGGGAAACAUGACAAGUGAGGAGUACAAGAAUGCUGUCUUACAAGCAAAGGAGCACAUUGCUGCAGGAGACAUAUUUCAAAUUGUUUUAAGUCAACGCUUUGAGAGAAGAACAUUUGCUGACCCAUUUGAAGUCUACAGAGCAUUAAGAAUUGUGAAUCCAAGCCCAUACAUGACUUACAUACAAGCCAGAGGCUGUAUUUUAGUUGCAUCGAGCCCGGAAAUUCUGACACGUGUGAAGAAGAGAAGAAUUGUUAAUCGACCAUUGGCUGGGACAAGCAGAAGAGGGAAGACACCUGAUGAGGAUGUGAUGUUGGAAAUGCAGAUGUUAAAAGAUGAGAAACAAUGCGCAGAGCACAUCAUGCUGGUUGAUUUAGGACGAAAUGAUGUAGGAAAGGUGUCAAAACCUGGCUCUGUGAAUGUUGAAAAGCUCAUGAGCGUCGAGCGGUAUUCCCAUGUGAUGCACAUAAGCUCCACGGUCUCUGGAGAGUUGCUUGAUCAUUUAACCUGUUGGGAUGCACUACGAGCUGCAUUGCCUGUUGGGACCGUCAGUGGAGCACCAAAGGUAAAGGCCAUGGAGUUGAUUGAUCAACUAGAAGUAACUCGGAGAGGGCCUUACAGUGGUGGGUUUGGAGGCAUUUCCUUUUCAGGGGAUAUGGACAUUGCACUAGCUCUAAGGACGAUGGUAUUCCUCAAUGGAGCUCGUUACGACACAAUGUAUUCAUAUACAGAUGCCAGCAAGCGUCAGGAAUGGGUUGCUCAUCUCCAAUCUGGGGCUGGAAUUGUGGCUGAUAGUAAUCCUGACGAGGAACAGAUAGAAUGUGAGAAUAAAGUAGCCGGUUUGUGCCGAGCCAUUGACGUGGCCGAGUCAGCUUUUGUAAAGGGAAGACACAAACCAUCAGUCAAGAUAAAUGGUUCUGUGCCAAAUCUAUUUUCAAGGGUACAACAUCAAACAUCUGGUAUGUCGAAGGACAGAAUACAUGAGAAAAGAAACUAGCGAAUAUGAAGAUGUGCAUAUAUAUAUAUAUAUAUAUAUAUAUAUAUAUAUUCUAAAGUGGUUUUCUUGUUCAGUUUAAUGUUUUAGUGGAUUGAGACUGUAGUUGCAGAAGAGAGUUGUUUAGAAUGACCUUCAUUUUGGUGUUCCUGAAGCUGAAAGGAGAAUGCACAUAUAUAGCAAAUUGAUAAAAUGUUCAAUCCUUGUAUGCGGGUGAGAAUCAAUGCCAUCAGCAAUUUGGAAAAGCUCCUUGCGACGCUGAGAACAUUUAACACUUCCUUGUCUUUUCAAACUGAAACACUGUUCCAAAUUUUAAGGAACCUACAUUCAGCUGACUUCCUUUAUAAAUUAAUUAAUACUGUAAUUUAGUUUUG